AAGUUAGUAAUGUCUUACGUGGCAGCUGUGUGUGGAAAAGGGGAGGAGGUGAAUCGUGUCAAGGAACAGCUUCUACAGUCCAACCCUGUCCUGGAAGCCUUUGGGAAUGCCAAAACCAUCCGCAAUGACAACUCCUCCCGAUUUGGAAAAUACAUGGAUAUUGAGUUUGACUUCAAAGGCGAUCCUCUGGGUGGUGUCAUUAAUAAUUACCUGCUGGAGAAAUCCCAAGUUGUGCAUCAUGUGAAGGGCGAGAGAAACUUCCACAUCUUCUACCAACUCCUAUCUGGAGGCUCAGACCAGUUGCUCAAACAGCUGAAACUUGAAAGAAAAUUCAGCCUUUAUAACUACCUCAACAAGGAGGCUGCAAGCCUGCAGGGCAUUGAUGAUGCAGCCAACUUCAAAGCUGUUCAGGAUGCCAUGCGAGCCAUUGGGUUCACACCCUCAGAGAUGACAGAGGUGCUGGAGGUGACAGCAGUCGUCCUCAAACUCGGCAAUGUGCAAUUUGGAGAGCAAUUUCAAGCUGGUGGGACGCAAGCUUGUCUUAUCCAGAGUGACAAAGUGGUACAAGAGAUCUGCCAGCUGAUCCAACUGGAUGAAAUGGUACUGGAACAAGCUUUGUCUUCUUGAACAGUGGAAGCCCAUCAGGAAAAGGUGGUGACAUCCCUGAAUGUCUCACAAUGCGUAUGGCCAACUCAUGUGGAUUAUUUUGAUAACAGCAUCAUUUGUAACUUGAUAGAAGAUAACAAUAACGGAAUUCUAGCUAUGUUGGAUGAAGAGUGCCUUCGCCCUGGGAAAGUAAAUGAAGAAACAUUCCUGAACAAACUUAACCAGGUCUUUGCAAAACAUCAGCGCUACGAGAGCCGAGUUACCCAGAAUGCCGAGCCCAUCAUGGAUGCCAGCUUACCUGUCAAGUGCUUUCGAAUCCAACACUAUGCUGGAAAGGUGACUUACAAUGUGACUGGAUUCAUUGAGAAGAACCUGCUCUUUCGAGACCUGUCAUAAGUCAAUUAUAUCAAGUAAUGAAUGCUUACUUCCAUGUGAGGAACUCCAAAUUGGGAUUGAAUUGCAUUGGGCUUUAGCUAAACAUAUUGACUAGUUUAUUCUGUCUUAACAAGGCUUGCUCAUGUUCCCUCUGCUGUCAGGUGUAUCAAGCCUAAUGAUAACAAAAUGCCGGCUGUAUUCACCGAUGGGCUGGUCCGAGCACAGGUGCGCUACCUUGGGCUGUUGGAAAAUGUGCAGGUCCGGCGGGCUGGCUAUGCCUUUAGACAGGCUUAUGAGCCAUGUCUGGAGCGUUAUAAAAUACUCUGCAAGGAGACCUGGCCACAUUGGAAAGGAAGUGGAAGGGAUGGUGUUCAAAAUAUCUUGAACAGUUUAUCUAUUGACCUCAAAGAACUGGCAUACGGACACACCAAGAUUUUCAUCCGAAGCCCCUCCACGCUUUUUGAUUUGGAGAGGAGACGCCAGCAGCGCGUACAGAAGUUGGCUGCCUUAAUCCAAGCGGCUUUCCGAGCAUGGAAGUGUCGUAAGCAUUACCAAGAGAUGCGCAGGAGCCAGAUCCUUAUUUCGGCUUGGUUUCGGGGCCAAAAAUCUCGUAAACUCCUGCGAGAGUUAAGGCAACAGAAAUGUCGGGCUCAGGCUGCCACCACCAUUUCUGCUUACUGGAAAGGUUAUCAGACAAGGAAGGAGUAUAAGAAAUAUUUCCGCUCUGGGGCCUCUGACCGUAUUGCCAAUUUUGUUUACCGAAGACUGGUACAAAAAUUCUUCUUGGGCCUAAAGGACAACCUCCCCCCUAUGUCGGUGAUCAAUCAAAGUUGGCCUGCAGCCCCAUACAAAUUUCUCACAAAUACCAAUCAAGAAUUGAAGAACAUAUUCCACCAAUGGCGGUGUAAGAAGUAUCGAGAGCAGCUUCCCCCAAAGGAUAAAGAAGCCUUGCAGGGCAAGUUGUGUGCCAGUGAACUUUUUAAGGGGAAGAAAAGUUUGUACCCUAAGAGCCUCUCCCAGCCUUUCCGAGGGGAAUACCUCGGGUUGAAGGAGAACCCCAAAUACCGCAAGCUCCAAACCACUGCCAACGACAAGCUAGUGAUGGCCGACCAUGUGAAGAAAGUCAACCGAGGUGAUGCGAAGACUUCUUCUCGGAUAAUCCUUCUCACGAAGAGUCACAUCAUCCUGGCUGAUCUCAAGGCUGCUCAGCCUAAAACAGUGAUCACCUUGAAUGACAUUGAGAGUGUUUCUGUCAGUUGCUAUUCAGAUGGGCUUCUUGUUCUGCACAUUAGAGAGUCUUCCACAGCGGACACCAAAGGGGACUUCCUCCUUAUUAGUGACCACGUGAUUGAACUGGUUACCCGGCUUCACCAGACCAUGCUGGAGGCUACAAAGCAAAAACUGAAACUCCAAGUGGCUGAUGAAUUUCUGGUAAAGUUUAAGCAGAGCAACAUCACUGUCAAACUUGUGAAGACAGAUGAGACACAAGGCACAGCUCCUGUUUGCAGGAAGAAAGGCAGCCAUAGGAUGGAGGUGUUUGUCCAUUAAAGUGAAAUUAUUGCUGAUUCAAAGGCAGCUACAUUGGACAGUGGAUCACAAAGUAUUGAGAAUAUGAUUUAGACUUGACCCACUGCAGGCAUUGGUGCCUUCUAGGCUUCUCAUCAGGAUGUUUACGGCAUGGAGCAACAUCAAUUGCAUACAUUCCAAGGCCAAUCAAUACAUUUGCAAAAAGUGUAAAUGGCACUUCUUGUCAAUAUCUUCAGAAAUGGCUUCUUUCUAUAGAUGCUUUAAGUGGAAAA